UUGCGUUACAUCCGGCGCCAGGGCACUCGAUUCCGGAAGGGACUGCACAGUUGUGGCGGCGAUUUCUGUGUUGCUGACUAGCGUUUCUUGUCUCCUGGAGCGGCGCGUUACACUGCAGCAUCAUGGUCGAGGAGGUACAGAAACAUUCUGUGCACACACUUGUGUUCAGGUCAUUGAAGAGAACCCAUGACAUGUUUGUAGCUGAUAAUGGAAAACCUGUGCCUUUGGAUGAAGAGAGUCACAAACGGAAAAUGGCAAUCAAGCUGCGUAAUGAGUAUGGUCCUGUGUUGCAUAUGCCUACUUCGAAAGAAAAUUUUAAAGAGAAAUGUCCUCAGAAUGCAUCGGAUUCAUAUGGUCAUAAACAGUAUCCUGCCAAUCAAGGACAAGAAGUUGAAUAUUUGGUGACGGGUACACAUCCAUAUCCAUCAGGACCUGGGGUUGCUUUGACAGCAGAUACUAAGAUCCAGAGAAUGCCAAGUGAAUCAGCCGCACAGUCCUUAGCUGUGGCAUUACCUUCUUCUCAGACCAGGGUUGAUGCAAAUCGUAGUGCACCUACUGGAGGUGAAUACCGACAUCCAGGGGCUUCUGACCGUUCACAGCCUGCAGGGAUGACUUCAGCCGUUAUGGAGGCUGGCAAUGCCAAGAACUCUGCACUGAUGGCUAAAAAAGCCCCUACAAUGCCGAAACCCCAGUGGCACCCACCAUGGAAACUCUACAGGGUGAUCAGUGGGCAUCUUGGCUGGGUUCGCUGUAUUGCUGUAGAACCUGGAAAUCAGUGGUUUGUAACUGGAUCUGCUGACAGAACUAUAAAGAUCUGGGACUUGGCUAGUGGCAAAUUAAAACUGUCAUUAACCGGGCACAUUAGUACAGUGCGUGGUGUGAUAGUAAGCACGCGGAGCCCUUACCUGUUCUCCUGUGGAGAAGACAAACAAGUCAAAUGCUGGGAUCUUGAAUAUAAUAAGGUUAUAAGGCACUAUCAUGGACAUCUAAGUGCAGUGUAUGGUUUGGAUUUGCACCCAACAAUUGAUGUGCUGGUAACCUGUAGUCGGGAUUCAACUGCACGGAUUUGGGAUGUGAGAACUAAAGCCAGUGUACAUACGUUAUCCGGCCAUACAAAUGCAGUUGCUACGGUGAGGUGUCAAGCUGCAGAACCACAGAUUAUUACUGGAAGCCAUGAUACUACAAUACGAUUAUGGGACUUGGUGGCUGGAAAAACAAGAGUCACAUUAACAAAUCACAAAAAAUCAGUCAGGGCUGUGGUUUUACAUCCAAGGCAUUACACAUUUGCAUCUGGCUCUCCAGAUAAUAUAAAACAGUGGAAAUUCCCUGAUGGAAGUUUUAUUCAAAAUCUUUCUGGUCAUAAUGCUAUUAUUAACACGUUGACAGUGAAUUCUGAUGGAGUGCUUGUUUCUGGAGCUGAUAAUGGCACUAUGCAUCUUUGGGACUGGAGAACUGGCUACAAUUUCCAGAGAGUUCAUGCAGCUGUGCAGCCUGGAUCUUUGGACAGUGAAUCAGGAAUAUUUGCUUGUGCUUUUGAUCAGUCUGAAAGUCGGUUACUAACAGCUGAAGCUGAUAAAACCAUUAAAGUGUAUAAAGAGGAUGAUACAGCGACAGAAGAAACUCAUCCAGUCAGCUGGAAGCCAGAAAUUAUCAAGAGAAAGAGAUUUUAAUAUGGCAUUAUCUUCAUGGUGGCUCCCUUUUUUUUUUUUUAAAAAAACUUGGUGUUGAUGAUAACCAGUCAUUUUGUACUCUGGCUAGGAAUAUAAAGCAGAAACUCACAUGCUUAAAUGAUUCCUGCUUCAUACUUUACAAUAAACUGCCCC